AUGUCGGUCUACGACGAGAUUGAGAUCGAGGACAUGGAGUUCAACGAGGACGACCAGGUGUACUACUACCCGUGUCCCUGCGGUGACAAGUUCUUCAUCGGCCUCGACGAGCUCCACGACGGCGAAGACAUUGCGAGCUGCCCGUCGUGCUCGCUCACGAUUCGCAUCAUCUUUGACGCCGACGCACUGCCCGAGCUCCGCGAAGAUGAAGAUGACGAAGAAGCAUGA